AUGAAACUAAUAACUGCUACAACAGUUGCUUCAAAUUUGACGCCAUCAACUGCCACUUGUAGUAGUACUGUUGCAACAUCUUGUACGACGACAACAUCAAUUCUUGCUAUUUGUCAAAGUUAUGAAAUAUCAUGGAAUGGACAAUGUUAUUACUUAGAUGGAUCAGGUGGAACUUGUGCAACUGGUUAUAGUUUAGCAACCAAUGCUGCUUUGACCUGUAUAAGCACCUUAUUUUCCGGAAAAAACUAUGCAACCACGAUAUCAAGCAAUUGUUGCAUUUGGACGGCCGAUACUUAUGAAUGUUAUGGACUUGGCUCAAAUUGUAAUUCGGCUGGACCGUUUACGUCAGGACCAACAUUGGGUGGUGUUGGAUGCAGCAACGCACACAAUCAUCAAUCUCAACAACUAACAUUUUGUGUUAGUAAUUAG